AGGGAAAUGAGGAGAAAUCCCAAUAAAGAGCUGUGACGUGGCAUUACUAUCCACUUCACCUCUGUGCCACAUAAUACAAUGGUCAUCUUUAGUUAUUGCUACACAGAGAAGUAACUGAUGCCACUGACUAAACACUAGUUUUGGCAGAUGUUCAGUUUCUAUAUUGCAUCAUCUCAGUUUUCAUUGGUAAAGCAGUUUUGUUGACACUGGCCUUUGUCAGACUGACCGAGUAAACCUGCCAGAGUACUCUUUCUGCUCCAGUCCAGAAAGAUGAAGUCAUCCAUUUAUUUCACAUUUUGCUUCCUUCUCCUAAUUGGAAUUAGGAACACUGUAAUGGGUACAGGCCUCCACUUCGAUUCUGAGGUUCUGUAUGAGUAUGAGUACAGCACGUCUGUGGUGGCGGCUCCCAUCUCUGUGGAUUUUAGGGAAGUUACUACGUUCACUAUGCAAGCAGUCAUACACAUCCAUUCGCUAUGGAGGAACAGCCAGCAAGAGCAGCUUCUGCACUUACAAAUUAGAAAUAUAAAACUUAUUCCCAGUUCAAGUGACUCUACCAGCAAACCAUUGGUCCUUGGUGAUAUGGCGACUGACACUGAACAUUUUAAGGAACCAUUUCUUGUGCAUAUCCGCUCAGGAAAGAUUGAAGGAGUUUUUGAUGUUUCUUCUGACAACACGGUCAGCUUGAAUUUCAAGAAAGGAUUGGCAUCGCUGCUCCAAAUCCAAGUUCAAUCUGGAAUCAUUUUGGAAGAUGAUAUUACAGGACAAUGCCAGGUCUCAUACCAUAUGUCAGAGAAUGAAAUCAUCAAAGUCAAACAUCAUGAAAACUGUGAAAAGAGAAUGGCUGACCCUACGAUGUUUGCUAACCAGUUCCUUAGGGUGAAUUCAGGUGGGAGAUCUGAAACAGUCUUCACCAUGGAUGGUAACCACAUAAAAUCAGUCAUUUCAGAGGAAUUACAUUCACUGGUUUUAGAUGAACAUCCUACAGUCGGAAUCCACAUUUCCUCAAGACAGGUUCUGCAGCUUUUAUCAAGACAUUCGGGUGCCAGUGAGGCACAGGGAGCACUGCAGGACAUCCUCAGCUCUCUCAGAGCAGGCUACGUGAAUCAUACUGUUCAGGCAAUACCUGCUACCAGACCCCCUGCCACAAACGGAUAUUCAGGUCAUAAAAUCCUAGAUCACUUGAAAGCAAAAGGGCAGAACGCUCAGUCACAGACAGUGGACAUGUUUCUCCAGCUGUCUAAAUCCCUGCAAAAUCUGGAAAUGGCUGAAAUUCUAAAUCUUUUUAAAAAGGCUCAUGCCAACUUUGUUCCUGUUCUGAUAGAUGCGGCAGCAGCAGCCUCUACACCCGCUUCACUGGAGGCUCUCGUCUCUUUCCUCAACAUCACAAACCCAAAGACAUCACCUCUGCUGGAGAAAUUCCUCUACGCCUGUGCAUUCUCUUCUCAGCCAUCCACUCAUUUAAUUAAUAUCAUCACUCGCAUCCUUACACACACAUCUGGACAGUGGAAGACUCACGAAAUGGCUCUCAUUGCUCUUGGUACAGUAAUUAGAAAAAUGUGUUCUGCAGACAUGUGCCACAUUCAGGAGGUUGAUCAAGCUAAGAGAUUUAUUGUGAAAGGGCUGAGUGCAUCCACUGAAGAAAGGGAAAUAAAAUCAUACCUGCUAGCCCUAAAAAGUGCUCGUCUUCCAGAGACAGUGCCUGUCCUUCUCCAGUAUAUUGAUCGCUCUAAAUCUCUAUCAAGCAUUGUAUUCUCGGCAUUGCAGGGCUUUCCGCCUCAAUAUAUCACAAAAGAGGUUAAGGAGCAUGCCAGGGACAUUUUUAUCCAAAGAAAGAAGGCUUUUCCUGCUCCUGUGCGUCUGGAUGCUGCCCAGCUCUUGCUUAUGUAUGAUCCUCUGGAUAUAGAUGUCCGAGAGAUAAUCCUGAAAAUUGCAGAGGAAAAGCCUGAGGUCUCCAAGUUCCUUACCACCAAGAUUAUGAGCAUGCUACAGUCAGAUUCUCCUGCUAGAAAUGUCAUUCUUAAUGUAUUGAAAGAUCCAAAGAUAAAUAAUUAUUUCCAUCUUGCACGACUUGGUUGUUCCUCAUCAUACGCUGGACUGAUGGCAGAGAACAAGAACAUGGUAGCGUCAUAUGAUUUUGAAUUUCUCUUCUCUGAGUCUGGAGUCCUCAAGCAAAGUAACAGCCACUUCUAUGCUCAAACCAGAGGGAGACGUCUGCAUUUACUACAGGUUUCUCUAGAAACAAGUGGACUUGAUUCUCUAUUCGGGACUGAAGCAACUAAAGGAGCAGAAGAGGAAGAGCUAAUGGCAGGAAUGUCAGCCAUGUUUCUAGGUGUGCAGAUCCAGCCCGUUGUCUUCUUCCAGGGCUAUGCAGACUUGAUGAGCAAGUACUUCUCAGCAGGUGAAGGACCAAUGAACAUUAUCUCUGGAAAUAUUCUUGUUCUUGAUCACAGACAGAGUCUUAUUCUCCAGUCUGGACUACAAGCUCAGGGUGUUUUUCAUGGAGGUCUUUCUGUUGAUGUAUCAGCUGAUUUGGAAUUCAGCUUAUUUACUCAGGAGUCUAAAAGCUCUGUCAAUAACAAGUUCUCACUAGUUGUCAGUGCCAGGGCAGAGGUGGACGCUACACUGAUGAGCACUACGGCUGAGACCGUGGUGAAGAUGGACCCUUCUGUCAGAUUUGUCACCACUGUUAGCUUCUAUGACACACCUGUACAAUACUGUCUGCAGCUUGUCAAAGAGCCUCUGCUUUACAGAGAAAGAGUGUCUUCCCAAGUAAACUACCAGAACACACAAAAACUUGUUCAGCAAAGCAAGCGAAAAUGGAUGGUUUCAGGAGAAGAGGCAGCACUCCACAGAGACAAUUCAAAGAUGUGUAGAAAUCUGCUUGACUCCAUAUAACGAUAAAAAAUAGAGUCUGGCAGGUGGAAAACUCAAACUUUGUGGCUGUAUAUGACUACACAGGUUUGUGCUUCAGAGACUAAAAAGACAUCCCAGGCAGAGGAUUAUAACAAAUGACACCUUGGACAAUUCAGACAAGCGAGAAUAAAAAAUCAGUAAUCAGUCAGUCAGUCAGUGUAUGCUGUAUUAUGCUGUAAGUCUAACAGGUAGAACAUAUGUAAAUAAUUGUUUACUAUGGUUCAGUAUAGUUUUAGUGAAUUUGUACUUUACUUGAGAUUGGAAAAUACUCAUACCUGUACUCUUACUCAUUGUCAUUUUCACUCUAUUGCUAAUUAUUAGAAAUGUCUGAUAUCAUGCCUUAAAACAUUAUUUUCUCUCCCUCAAUACUCUGAUUCAAACUGAUUCACCUGUGAAGUCCAGUUAGCAUCCUGUUU